UAUCCACCUCUGACAGACUUGGCCAUCCUUGACAAUCGAUAACCUCCAACGAGGAAGCCUUGUCCCCCGCAAAUACUCCACGUUCCGCAACUGGCUCCAUGUGGCGUCCGAGUGCCGUUUGCAUGCCGCUAGGAGGAACCUGAACCCAGCGUCGUCGUUUCUUCCAACAAAGACAGAUGGAUCGGCGAGGGAGCACAAUGCACGAUGCAUCAAGCAUUGUGCCGGGGGACUUCAACCUCCUCGAUGACGAACUGCCAGUGCCAGGUGGCAUCGAGAUUUUGGGUGCUCAGGAAAGCCGAUACCUCGACGACUUCUUCGCCCAUCGCGGCGUGAACGGCCAUGGAAUCCUUCAGCCUGAAGAAGGCCUGGGCGGUGUUUACACGCCAAACUGGCUCCUGCCGCCCAGCGUCGUCGGUCACAAUGUGUCGUAUGGAUAUUGGGACGAGGGCAUGGUGGCCAACAUGUUCCCUCAAAUACUCGGCAAUGAGGUCCAGAAGCAGUCUCCCGCCGCCGCGCCGUUGGUCUUUGGGUACCCGGCGCAACCAUCCACCACAACAGCGUCUCCCAUCCCGCCGCGUCAACCUCCCACGGCUACGCCAUCCAACCUGAUGAUGCCUGACCUGAUGACGCCGCAGUCUCCACGACCCCUCCACACUCAGCAUGGCUAUCUUGAUCACCAGGCUACCGACGACGUCAUCGCCGCCGCAAGCGUCCUGUCACAUGGCAACGGCGCCCACUUUGACAUGUUCUACAGCCAAAAGCAACAGAAUCAGGCACUUGUUCCUCAGGCGCCGUCAUCUGUUCAGUUUCAAGCACCCCCUCCUUCCGCAAAUAAUGGCAUUCAAAGUCGACCUGGUGUCUUCGACGGGAUGGCAUUCCACGGCACCGCCGCAGGCGACCAGUCCUACAGUCGACGGCCGCCCAGGCGACCUACUGAAAUACGAUUUGGCUCGGAUCCGAACUUUAACAACGAAAAGUUUGUGUCUCAAUCGGCCAGGGACACGACCGCGGCCAUGGUAGAGGAGCAGUUGGCCGCUCUGCAAUGUCUAGAACGGAACGACAGUGCGGCGCCCACUCGAGCCGCCAGUCCCAACACAUGGGCGCCGAUGUCCCCGAACACGGCGAGGAGGUCUUCGAUGGUUUCACCCGUGCAGCUCAAGGCGGAGUCCUACAGUCUCCCAACACCAAAUGAACUGACAAAUGGCGAAGCCGGUCCCCCGACGAAGCGAAGAAGGAGCAGUAAACCGGUAGAAGAGACGAGGCAGGUGGGACCGAACCAACUAACAGCUCGACUAUCCGCCACCGCCGACGAAUUACAACCACAACCACAACCGCCACCACCACUGCAAUCAAGAAGGAUAUCAGAACACAAGAGACGCAAGCUACCAGAACCCCUCACCCCCGAAGCCGAAACCAUCACAACAGCCGCGGCAACCAAGAAACGACGAAAAUCACCCCAAAGCACCACCAACAACGACAACAGGACAACCGGUCCUGGGAACGCUAGCGGCCGACGCAAGUCAUCCCAGGCUAAGCCGCCGCGGGAGCCGCUCAACGAGGACCAGAAGCGCGAGAACCACAUACGCAGCGAGCAGAAGCGGCGCGGCAUCAUUAGCCGGGGGUACGACAUGCUCUACGAGCUGGUGCCCGUCCUCCGCGAGGGCAGGACACACAAGGCCCACGCCCUGCAGUGUGCGGCUGACUUUAUUGAGAGCCUUGCGGCUGGGAACCAGAGGUUGAGGGAGUUGUUGGCGGAGGCCGGGUUGGAGGAGGAUGGUUCUGGGUCGGGAGGCAGGGGCCUUCGGUGAUGAAGAGUGGAUGAAGUUGUUCAUCUUGUCUGGUUGGCGGUGAGAGGCGUUUCCGGGUUGAGAUCUGGUGGCUAUGGUUAACCAUCUGCAUGGACUUGCGGCGUUGUAUUUAUGUGUGUCAACAGCCCAGCAUUUGUCCUGGGCUAUUCCAUGGGUUCCCUCUGUUGGGCCAUUCCUUGUG